AGUCUGCAGUACUGACCUGUUCAUCACAAUGAAGCCCAUCAUGCUUCUGAUUCUCCUCUGGGCAGUGUCCAGCACAGCUGGAGCUCUUCAGUGUCAAAUCUGCACAGAUCAAAUGUGUUCAAGCACAGCACCAAAUAACUGUUCUUCAGAGACGAUGUGUGUUACAACCACCAUUCUAGCUUAUUCAUCUGGAGUUCAGGCAAGGCAAAUCUACAAGGCAUGUGCAUCUUCUUCCUUGUGUCCACGUAUGGGGACUCAGACAUUUUCAGUUGACCUAGGCUUUCAAAGUGCUCUUGCAUCUGCCAUGUGCUGCAACACAGAUAACUGUAACUCAGAAACUCUGCCUGACCCUGCUCCUCAGUCAGGUAACGGUCUACUGUGUAACGUUUGUGACCCCUCGACCUCACAGUGCACCUCUACAUUACAAUGUGAAGGAGUGGAGAACCGCUGCUUUCAAUCAACUAGUGAGUCUUUAUGUUGUAUACUUUAUCAAAGCUCAUCUUUAAUCUGCUUCGGCUGUGACUUCUUUACCUUUUCUGCGAAAUGUUGGUACCGUAACGAGUGGACCAAACUGUGUUCUACCUACAACAACUACAACAGCUACCCCAACCACAACAACAGAGACUCCAACAACAACCACAGAACCCCCAGCGACAAGUGA